AUGGUUAAACAGAAACAAAAACGUAUCAAAUUCGAGGAGGAACUCGGCCAACCAAUACUUCAAACUAAGACCACUUCACCAUUACCUAACGUACUGAACAUCAAUCGACAAGAGACACAACCAUUUAACGCAUAUACUACUUAUCAGGCACCCAGUCAGGAACUGGAAUAUCAACACCAAGAGCAAAAGUCAAUCAAAGAAACAGCACCGCUGCUGUCAAGGAUACAGACUCAAUUAGACUCACAGGUAUUGCGCCGAUCAUCGCCACCAGUCAUAGUCUUUAGACGAGAUAAACCGAAAAAGGUAUUACCAAAGAAACCCGUUAAACCAUAUUUAUGCACGCAUCCUGGGUGUACUUGGGCUUUUGCUAGACAUUCAGAUUUAACCAGGCAUUCAAAAUCCCAUGCAGAGCCUCAAUACAAAUGUCCCUAUUGGAAGAAUGACCCUACAUGCCAUAAAAAGAAUGGUGCAUUCAAUAGACUAGACGUGUUGAAAAGACAUUUACGAUUGAUACAUUAUGUCAAGGAUAAACAACCUAUUUCAGAUUUGAAUCCAGGUCAGGAUCCAGGAUGGUGUCGAGCUUGCCAACGAAUGUUCCCUAAUUCGAAAGCUUUUAUUGAGCAUUGCUAUGAUUGUGCUAAAAAUACCGUCCCUACAGAAUGGAUUGAUAUAAAAAGGGAAUCAAGUAGGAUCCCGAACCAAACAACAUUCAGAGUCAAAUUAGAUCAAAUAAACAACACUGAAAAUACAUGA